AUGGAGAGCGACCGGGACAUGUACCGUCAGUUUCAGGACUGGUGCCUCCGGACUUACGGAGACUCCGGAAAGACCAAGACAGUGACCCGUAAAAAAUACGACCGGAUCGUCCAGCUCUUGAACGGCUCCGAGUCGAGCUCCACGGAUAAUGCCAAAUUUAAAUUCUGGGUCAAAUCGAAAGGUUUCCAGCUCGGCCACUCGGACGAGGUCAAUGGUGGAGGUGGCAAGCAAGUGCUCUUCGUGCCGGUCAAAACCACGGAUGGAGUAGGGGUAGAUGAGAAGCUGUCUUUAAGGCGAGUAGCUGUGGUCGAAGAUUUCUUUGACAUUAUCUAUUCCAUGCAUGUGGAAACAGGGCCUAAUGGAGAACAAAUCAGAAAACAUGCCGGACAGAAGAGAACUUAUAAAGCAUCCUCUGAGCCACCUCACCACUCCACCCCUAUUCUUUUUUUUUCUUUCCAAAUAUUUAACUUCUAUAUUCAGAUUUCAGAGAGCUAUGCCUUCCUACCGAGAGAAGCGGUGACACGAUUUCUAAUGAGCUGCUCAGAGUGCCAGAAAAGAAUGCAUUUAAACCCAGAUGGAGCAGAUCAUAAAGAUAAUGGGAAACCUCCUACUUUGGUGACCAGCAUGAUUGAUUACAACAUGCCAAUUACAAUGGCCUACAUGAAGCACAUGAAACUACAGCUCCUGAGCUCCCAGCAAGAUGAGGAUGAAAGUUCUAUAGAAAGUGAUGAGUUUGAUAUGAGUGAUUCUACGCGCAUGUCAGCUGUGAACUCUGACCUUAGUUCUAACCUUGAAGAAAGAAUGCAGAGCCCCCAGACUGUUCCUGGUCAGCAAGAUGAUGAUUCAGUUGCAGAGAGCUUUAAUGGCAAUGAGACUGUGGGACCUAGUUCCAUUGCUUCAGGGGGAGCACACUGCAGGGAGAUGGGAGACACAAACAGUAAUGGCAAAACAAAUCUGGAGCAAGAUGAGCAACCUCUGAACCUGAGUGACAGUCCUCUCUCUGCCCAAUUGACUUCAGAAUACAGAAUAGAAGAUCACAGCAGCCAUGGCAAAAAUAAAUAUAAGAAUCUUCUAAUUUCUGACCUCAAGAUGGAACGAGAGGCAAGAGAAAAUGGAAGCAAGUCCCCUACACAUAGCUACUCAAGUUAUGAAUCUGGGAAGAAUGAGAGUGUAGACAGAGGUGCUGAGGACCUUUCAAUGAACAGAGGAGACGAGGAUGAAGAUGACCAUGAUGAGCAAGAAGAUUCUGAGAAAGUCAAUGAGACAGAUGGAGUGGAAGCUGAGCGACUGAAAGCUUUUAAUAUGUUUGUCAGGCUGUUUGUAGAUGAAAACUUGGACCGAAUGGUCCCAAUCUCUAAGCAGCCCAAAGAAAAGAUCCAGGCUAUCAUUGACUCAUGCAGGCGACAAUUCCCUGAGUAUCAAGAGCGUGCCAGGAAACGUAUACGUACUUACCUCAAGUCCUGCAGGCGGAUGAAAAGAAGUGGUUUUGAGAUGUCUCGACCUAUCCCUUCUCACCUUACUUCAGCAGUUGCAGAGAGUAUCUUGGCUUCAGCCUGUGAAAGUGAGAGUAGAAAUGCUGCAAAGAGGAUGCGUCUGGACAGACAGCAGGACGAGUCUGCUUCAGCUGACAAACAAUAUAAACAAGAGGCGGCCCAGGUCACUUAUUCAACAUCAGCUGUUUCUAGCACACAGGAGGUGUUGUAUAUCAAUGGAAACGGGACCUACAGUUACCAUAGUUACAGAGGGUUAGGAGGAGGACUGCUAAAUCUGAAUGAUGCUUCUAGUAGUGGUCCCACCGAUCUCAGCAUGAAGAGACAAUUAGCCACCAGCUCUGGGUCCUCCAGCACUUCAAGCUCCAGACCCCAGCUGAGUCCGACCGAAAUCAAUGCCGUGCGGCAGCUCGUGGCAGGAUACCGAGAAUCUGCAGCAUUUUUACUCCGCUCAGCAGAUGAACUGGAAAACCUCAUUUUACAGCAGAACUGA